CAGAAAGCUUGAUUUAACAUUCAAGAAUCUCGACUUUUGAAAUCUUUUCCACUCUCUCCUGUACGAAAUUGAUCACUUUUAGCCAGCAUAAAUAAUAUUCCCUGGUUGCCAAAUUACACCAUUGUUUGAAACACCUAUGCAUCCCCUGCUUAAAUCCUCUGCCUCAAUGGGCAAUAACAAGAAUUCCAUUAUCGAAUCUGACUUUCCCACCUCACCCCAGCCUGUAAUUGUAGAAGAAAUAACUCAUUACACUCACCCAAAACACCCCUUGACAAAAGUUAAUCUGCCUGAACUAUUUACGUGCACUGGCUGCAAGGACGAUGGAUCUGGGAAGAGAUUUGCAUGCCAGCAAUGUGAUUUUCAGCUCCACGAGUUUUGUGCUUUGUCGCCUCCAAUAUUACAGAACCAUCCCCUCCACGGCCAACACCAACUCGUGUUCCACGCUAAACCAAAACAAGGUGGAAUUUUGUGGCCAAAGUGCGAUGUUUGUAACAAAACAACCAAAGGUUUUACUUUCAGUUGUACGGCUUGCAGUUUCCAGAUACACCCUUGCUGCGCAAUGCUUUCAACUGAAAGGAACUUUUCAGUGCAUCCACACACAUUGAAACUGUUACCACCAUUGAAUACAUCCUCAUCGAGUACGGAUAACAGGAUUCUAUGCGGUGAGUGCAAGAAGACGAGGUCGGGUCGAGUUUACCGUUGCACCGUUUGUGAUUAUCAUCUCCAUGCAGUUUGUGCUAAGAAUUUGAUAAACGGGCUAGCUCUAGAGUAUCCCUUCCCUGGAAAAGCCGAGCACGAUUGGAAAAAGGGGCUUGCUACUCAGGUGGUUUUUGAAUUCGUAGGAGGGCUUUUUGAGGGGUUUGGGCAAACUACAGCAGAAUACUUUUUACAGAAUAUUGCAAGAGGGAGGCGCAGCAGAAGAUCAGGUGAGGGUUAAUAAGUGAUUGAAGCUGCACAGGGCUAAUACUACAUACUAAGAAUAUGUAGAAUACAGUUUGAUUUGCAGUAGUAAACAAUAAAUUUUAGCUUUUUUCCUUAAUCAGGUCCUGUCCAACGUAUCAAAUAUGCAAGUGUGUAACUUCAUAAUGGAAGUACUAUGAUCAAUGUGUUCCUGA